AUGUCGUACUUUAUUUAUCAGGCCCCCUUUCACGUCCCACAGGGCGCUCAGUCUGUCAGUAUACACCCUGAGUACGGAGCGAGUGUAAUACAACAAACAACCACGAAGCAACCAUGGUAUACCGGUAUCACAGUGCCUACACAAGUGGUGUACAUUUAUCCGGCGCAGUUAGUUGCUCCUCCUGGUGUUGAACCAAGCCGACAGUACCCAAGUCAAGUCGUGCCGGAGCAGCUGUUGUAUCAGCAUUUGCCACAGCGGCAGAAACAGAUAUCAUUGCCCGCCCAAAACUUUGGGCCUUUAGUCGAUGAACAGAGAGCAAAUGAUAGCGUGCCACUAGUGCCUUCGUACCGUGAAUCGAUGUUGAUGCCUACUGAGGAGGUGAGGGAGCGUGGACUGUGCAGACUACCCUCCGCUCAAGAGUUUGGAGAGCUUGAAGCCAUUUCUCCUCCGAAAUGCUUAGUUAACAAGGAUAUGACGACUGUCCCUCUACCGAAGCCAUCGAUGGGUCUUGUUCCACCAUCAGCCCAUAAAAGCCGUCAAUGGUCUAAUACUGACACAACAAACGGUGCCGGACUCGACGGUCCUCUGUUCUUAAACAAGGAAGGCUUUUCUGAACAUCCCACUCCACCGGCUUCAGUGAGAUGUGAACAUCAGCCUCUGAGUACACCUACAUCUCCACGGACUAUAAAACCAAAUGCUAAGAAGUACAGAGUGGAAAAGAAGGAGAGAUUUUCUCCACACAAGGCACUGUUCUUUGGCUCCAAGAUUAUUGACUCCAAGUUUAUUUCGAAAUACAUUGCCAUCAAUACCGACCGAUUCCAUGUUGAUACUUCCAGACCUAUUAAUGAAGUGAAAGUGUCUGAAAAUGAUCUUAUAGAAUGGCUAGUCUUGGAUUUCCUUGUGGUUGAUCUCAAAAUGCACGACAGACGUCGAGACACAAGUCCUUUGAUACAUGACUACCCGGAAAAUCGGUUCGAUGUUUGCAUUCAGUUUGAACUGAAUAAAACCGGCAAGUCUAGCGUUCAAAAGACAGUGAACGUUAACUUGACACUUUUGAAGGCUCUCACGGCUUCAUUGGACCCGGAGGAAGUUGCUUCACAGUUGAUAAGGCUUUUCUCGGAGGAUUUCCUUUAUAGACAUACUGCUUCAGGACCGGUUAGAGCUAAAAGGAAUCUGAAGAAGAAGAGAACAAAGGCAAAGCCCCAAUGGAGCUUGGGAAGUGAUAACGAGCUAAUUAUCAUUGGGUUUGCAAUCGAGAUAGCAAAUGCGGAAUAA